CCUCGGUCCACGACGCCACACGGCAUCGUCUUCGUCUCUCUUCUGGCGCUCUCCCGCCAUGCCGUGAAGCUUCCAAAUGCCGCGUCCCCUCAUUAAUGGAGUGUGCUAUAUAUAUACUACGCAACACCAUGGUUCGCAGCAUGCACCUAGCUCUAGCACAGCAAUUAAAGCUAGCACAGCCAGCACCACCGACUCGAUCGACCACUUGACCAUCGCAUAAUAUAUCUCAGCAAAGACACACCGAUCGUCGAGGAUGGUUGUCGCCGCGCCGCCGUCGUCUUGCAGCAUCAGCAUCAGCAUCGGCAGCCGCAGCGAGCUGGGGUCGUUGUUCGCGGCGUUCGACGCGGACGCGGACGGGCGGAUCUCGGCGUCCGAGCUACGCGAGUGCAUGCGGGCGACGCUGGGGGCCGAGGCGGCGGUGUCGGCGGAGGAAGCCGAGGCGCUGGUGGCGGAGGCGGACGCGGACGGCGACGGGCUGCUGGACGCCGCCGAGUUCGCGGGGCUCGUGGCGCGCCUGCAGCAGGACGCCGGCGAGGAGGACCGGCACCGGGGCCUGCGCCAGGCGUUCGGCAUGUACUCCGAGACCGAGAAUAAUGUGGAGGCCGGGUGUAUCACACCCGCUAGCCUCCGGCGGAUGCUCGCUAGGCUCGGCGAGCACCAGGACGUCGACGAGUGCCGCGCCAUGAUCUGCAGGUUUGACCUCGAUGGUGACGGCGUGCUCAGCUUCGACGAGUUCAAGAUCAUGAUGAACGCCGCGUGAUGGUGCUUGAUGAUGAUCGCAGGGUGUUCAUAACAUAUGGGGUUGCUUCAUCGAUCAUUCAUUCAUUAUUUAUUUGGUUAAUUCGUUGUUUGCGUAUGAAAUUCUGUAAGUUAUUAGUGUUGCAGCUAGCUAGGAUUGUUGUUAGCUAUGUGAUGUGCAUACUUGUUAUUCGUUCGUAUAUAUGUUCAGCGUGCACUGCCGUUCCUUGUCGUACUAUUUGUACCGGUUAGCAGUGUUUUUUCUCUCAUAAUAAAUCGGCAGCAACGGUACUUUUAUUCA